CUGGUAUCUUUGAUAGAGAGUUCACGUGUUUUCGGUGAAUGGAAAUGAAAAUACGAUGACUUCGUAUCGUAAUGAAAACAUCGGGAUGUAAGGUUUUAUGUGUUUUAGAUGAUAUUAUAGAAAGUGAAGUUCUGUGGUAUAUGAACUUUUGAACUUUGAACUUUUUGGUUGAUAACGAUUAUAGGUUGACAAACAGUUGAUAACAUUUGACAUCUCACAUCACUAUUGUAUACCAGAUUCACCUCGUAGAUUUUAUAACUGUUUGAAGGUUAUCACCUAUAGCAACGGGCGACACAGUUACAAUACUUGGGUUUAAGAUUCCUGUGAAUUUCUGGAUCAAGCACCAUUCAUACAUUCACCUAUAUAUGAUCUGGGUCAGCGUUAGCCUUGCAUGAUGAGAUAGCCAAUAUCAACAAUUAGUAGUGUAAGGCAAUCUAUAAGGCUAAGAAAUAAUAAUAGCAUUAAAAUAUAAUGGCAAAUGAAAAGAAAGACGGUAAUGCACUCUUAGCAAAGAAAAAGAAAGUGAAGCCACGAAAAUCAAGAGAUGCCGAUUGUUGCAGUGUUAACUUCCUCAAGUGUGUUCUACAUAUUUUUAAUGUCCUGUUCCUGUUUGCAGGUGCCGGAGUGUUCAUAGUAGGCGCAUGGACGAUCGCGACUAGGCAUCGAUUCGUCCCACUUCUUCCAACGUUCACCUACCCAGCUAUCUCCUACUUAUUAUGUAUAGCUGGGGCUCUAGGUUUACCGCUUUGUGGUCUUGGCUGCUGUGGACUGAAGACUGAAAACAGAACUAGCUUGUUGUGUUACACCUAUUUCCUACUCAUCACGUUCAUCCUGGAGGUGGGUGCUGGUGGUCUAGCGUAUUACUAUGAAGUGGCAAUAGAGGAAGAACUACGCAAUGAGCUCAAUUCCACCUUCAUCACCAACUAUGCGCUGGAUACCGUGGUUACUGAUGCUGUAGAUACGAUGCAAGUAGAGUUUAAAUGCUGUGGUGCUGGCCGGUAUUCAGAUUGGCGCAAAAGCGCGUGGCAUGAGCAUGACCCGCGCCUGCUGGUGCCGGACUCGUGCUGCAAGACCGUCACGCCUCGCUGCGGGAUGAGGGACCACCCAUCGAAUAUAUACUACCAUGGUUGCGUCCACGAGUUCACAAAGCACAUCCGAGAUCAUCUCGUCAUCCUGGCGGCUGUGGGGGUCGGUAUGUCAGUCAUCCCAAUAUUCGGUUUCUUUUUUUCGUGUGUUUUGUACGUUAAAAUAAAACAUGUGAUUGACUGACCCCGGCCUAAGGCUACCGCCGCAAAAAAUCGUAAGGUUUUCGACAAAUCAGCGUCCGCCGGUGACCUGUCAAAACCGACCAAUCGGAACUCGUAUCGUGCACCGAAGUUUCCAGAAAGUUCUAGAACUAAGCGAACUGUCAGACGCACGCCAUGUCCACUACAUUCAAAUUCAGAAAAAAGCAACAUACCCAUAUCCACUAUUAGCGAUAAUGUUAGUAUAUAAAUAUAAAAACACUUUUAAACAUUGGGUUUGCGAUUAAACUGUUAGCACAACAUUCUUUUUGUAUGUAUAUUUUUCUAAUGUAAACAUUUUGUUACUAUAUUAAACUUAGCAUGUGGUAAUCCUAUUUAAGAAUUGAAUGUCUAAUGCUUGCAAAAUAAAAAUUAUGUACGUGUAGAGGUUAGGAACAAUGCAAUCGAAAUCAUAAUAGAUUUAGUUGUAAGAGAUGACGAAAUCUCAUGAAAUAUCAUCAAUUCAUACCUUGUGUUCAAUGAAUGUUAUAAUGUCAUAGAUAUAAAGUUGUUUGUGGUGUAGUGAACUAAAGUGUUAGUAGUAACUGUGAACGAAUUUAUAUUUUAAUAUAUAAGCAUGAGAUGUUACACUGAAAAUGUCAUAUAAAUGUAAAUGCAAAUAACUUUCUUAAACAAAAUUAAGAAACAAAUAUCUAUCUAUUUAUAAAAAAAAAAUAGC